CAGGUUGGAUAUCAGCAGCUGCAACUCUCGCGAUAUUUGCUCACUUUGACCGGACAGACUGGACCAAAACAGGAAGAUAGACAUGGCAUCAGUUUUCGGCGGAGUAGAGGGUGGAGGGACACACUCCAAAGCGGUGCUGGUGGCAGCAGAUGGGAAGAUCCUGGCAGAGACAGAUGGACCGUCCACCAACCACUGGUUGGUCGGGGUGGACAAAUGUAUUGAAACCAUCAACGACAUGGUCCAGAGAGCCAAACUGGAGGCAGGGCUGGAUCCAAACACGCCACUAUGCUCCUUGGGCAUGUCUCUGAGCGGUGGGGAGCAGAAGGCCGCCAUCGACAAACUGAUCGCUGACAUGAAGCAACGGUUCCCCGCUCUCAGCCAGCACUACUACAUCACCACAGAUGCAAUUGGCGCCAUGGCGACCGCCAGCGAUUGUGGAGGUGUAGUGUUGAUAUCAGGGACCGGCUCGAACUGCAAGUUAGUAAAUCCCGAUGGCUCACAGAUCGGCUGCGGAGGCUGGGGUCACCUGAUGGGUGAUGAAGGAGGAGCAUUCUGGAUCGCUCAUUUGGCGGUGAAGAUGGUUUUUGAUGCCGAAGACAACCUGGUCGCUCCUCCUCAUGACAUUACGCACGUCAGGAAGGCCAUGGAGGAAUACUUCCAGGUGUCAAAUCUGAUGGGCAUGCUGCCGCACCUCUACAGAAACUUCCAGAAGUCCCACUUUGCUGGUUUUUGCAAGAAGCUGGCUGAAGGUGCAGAAGAAGGGGAUGCUCUCUGUCAGUAUGUGUUCACUCAGGCUGGGAGAGUCCUGGCAAAACAUGUAGAAGCAGUCUUACCUGCAGCACAACAGCCACUACUGAGUAGUGACCUCGGCCUGCCCGUCCUGUGUGUGGGCUCAGUGUGGAAGAGCUGGGAGCUAAUGAAGCCAGGGUUCACCGAGGUCUUGGAUAAAGUGGCAUCAUCUGACAAGUUCAAGGGCCGUUUCCAUGGCUACAGCCUCCUGAUUCUGCGGCAGUCCUCAGCACUCGGCGGCGCCAGUCUGGGGGCUCAGAGUCUGGGCGCAACCUUAACUAUGGAUUACAAAGCUAACACCAAAGUCUUCUACCAACAUACUUUUACCAGCAUCCAAUGAGAGAGCAACUGCACAUCCCAUAGAUCUAGCUAAAGGGACUUGUAUUGGCCAUUAUAUAAUUAUUAGUAUCCAGCUAAUAACGAUGAUGCUGAUAAUAAUGAUUCUGUAAUAAUGGUGUAUCACUUGAUUUGAUCUCACCACAAGAUACUAAAAAAGUGGGUGAAUAUAUUCAAAAUCUUUGCUUUUACAGCUGUUUUGACAACUGAAUUGAUAUUACUUUCAUUGUACUGUAAUUGUAAAUAUUUGCACAUUUACAACACUUGUUUACAUUUAUAAUAAAAAAUAAUGCCAACUUGACAGAAAACUCA